AUGCGUGAAAUGGAGGAAAUUCAGCGUGUGAUGAAAAAAACGAAUUGGACGGGUGAAUAUUUUGCAGGAGUUAUUCGAAAAUAUGUGCCGAGAGAUGUAAGUUGCUUGAAGUUUGAGAAAAAUUAGAAAAAAUCUAUUAUUUCAGAAAAUUUCACAUAGUUUUUUGGAAGAAUUGAAGGAAGAAAACGCUGGAAAAAUUUUAGAAAUCAUAUAUAUGAAAGAUGUAAUUGCAAAAUGUAUGGAAAAUUCGCCUGAAAUGCAAGCAGUCUAUGAAUCGCCUCAAAAACUGCUGUUUUAUCUUUUCAAAUAUCAAGGGUUCUCAAAUAGCUCAUUUUAUUUUGCAAGUGGAUUAAAUUUUCAAAAUGAACCUGUUAUAUUAGCUGAAAAGGUAUCAAAUGGCCAAUAUCGAAAGUUUGUGUCAAAAGAGGAUUCGCUUUCAACAUUAUAUCAAAAACAUGAAAAUGAGAGUUAUUUAGAUCUUUAUGCUGGAGAACUCAAGAAAAGGAUAUUAAAUCAAAUUGGAAGUCAAUUAAGUGGAAGAUAUGAAUUGAUUCCCAAAUUUUUCAUGAUGUUAAAAAUUGAUAAUCAUUUCAAAUUUUGAAAUUCAAAAUGAUGAAAUGUCCAGAUUAUUCGACUUUUACUUUGGUGGAUCAAAACGCAGAAAUAUUCAAAAAUAAAAAAAGAGCAGAUAUUGAACGAUUUAUGCAUGAAGUUUAUGAUUGGGAUUAUUCAUUGCAGACGUUUUUUAGAGAUGCAAAUUGGUUCCACGAUAAAUAUCCAGUACUUCGAUGUUUUCAAGAUGAAGAAAAAGAAAAUCAUUUACUUAUUGCAAAAGAAGUCGAAAAUGUUUUGAAUAUUUCAAUGAAAUUAAGAUACAAAUCAAAAUUUCCGAUUGGAUUGGUUCGAGUGGAAACGGAUGAAGAGAGAAAACUUGGAAUUGUGAGGACACUGGAAUUCAAACAAUUGGAGAAAAUAUUGAAUGUUCUGAAAUUGGAAAGAUCUGAUUUAUUUGUAAGUGAUAAAAAUUGACAAGAAAUCACAGUUUUAUAUAAAUACAUUGUUCAAAAUCCUGGAAAUAGGCACCUACAAAUAUGGAGCUACUUCCUGGUUUUAUUGAUUUAAGUAUUUUCAAUUUACUUUUUUUUUCCUGGAAGAAUUCCAAUAUUUUGCAGAUAGUCCCUUGUCCAAUCGAAAUAGUCGGAAAAGUCCACCAAGUUCCAAUUCCAACUCCAUAUGGAACAUUUUGUAAACUCGCAUCUUGGUCUUUUUUCGAACUUUUUGAUGAACUUUCGUUUGGAAUGGAUUUAUUCAAAGGUGUUAAACCUGAAAAUAUUCGAAUAAUUCAAAAAUGGUUUGAAGAUUUGUUAACUGAUACAGGAGUAUUUUCAACAAAACGAGGAUAUCGAUAUUUUAUUGAAACUUGGAAAUUAGAUGAAAUUUAUGAAAAAGCUUAUAAUGAAUUGCGUAUUUUGAUAACUGAACCGAUUCCAAGAUUCAAUUAUAGAGAGGCUUUCAAUAGAAAAGGAGCAUUGACGGAACUUUCGAAAUUUACUGAAAAUUUGGAAUUAAAAGAUAAACAAGAAAUUGAUGAAAAUAUGAGAAAACGAAUUUGGAAAGAAAUUGGAGAUUGUAUAAAAGCUAAUGAAGUUAUUCAAGUUUAUAAUGAAAGUAUGUGGGAUUAUAUGAGUAGAAGAGUCGCAAAAAUGUCGGUUUUUAUGGAAAUUCAAGGAUUUAUAGAUGUUUAUGGGCCGGAAUCAUAUGAGAAACAAAAAAUUACGUUUACUCAACAUUCGGAACUUUUUAAAAAUGCUUUUAUGUAAGUUUUUGACACAGAAGAAGCCUUUGCUUUUUCAGGUCCUGUUUGUUGCAGAAAUUGCUAAUCAAAAAAAUAUUGAAUUUUUCCAGGAAAUUCCUACCAAACAUCCCAUUUGAACCGAUUUUAACCGAAAAAGAAAUGAUUGCUUAUAUUAGACGAGGAAUGGGAAAAGAUGGUGCAACUGAAUAUAUUGUCGACACACCUGACGAGACGUGUCUAAAAUGGACACUGUACAUUUUUUUCAAAAGUCACACUGUAUUUUUUUCGAAAAAAAAAAUCACUUGUUUCCUUUUCACCAACAUUUCUCCCUUCGAAUAAAAAACACGAUUGUCCGAGUGGCUAAGACGCUGCGCCCUCAGUCACAAGGUCACGGGUUCGGUUUUGCUCAACGAAGCAAUUUUUUAUUUUUUUUUCAAUUUUUCACACUAUAACAAACAAGUUUAUACCUCGAAAAAUCUUCAUUUUUAAAAUGAAAAUAGUUUCUAGACAGUCUUUUAUCUAAUUGGAACUCCAUGUGCAGUGUGGAAAUUGAUUACUCGCCUAGAAAAACAUAGUGUCCAGUAAAAAACUGUUUUUCAUCAAUUGUCACUUUCAAAAUCAAUUUCCACACUGCACAUGGGUAAAUUCAAAAAAUAGACACAAAAAUACCCCUACUUUGUGAAGAAACCGAACCCGGAGGUUGCCUUAUUAAAAAAUGCCCCGCGAUUCUUUCCAGUGGCCAAUUUUUCCAUCAAAAUGGACACUUCAAAAUAACAGCGAAAUAGGGCAUUUCCACACUGCACUCAUGGUGUUCCACACUGCCUAUGACCUUAGCAAUCUAUCAUAAAAAUUUCAACCAUGUUCGUCAAGUCUAAGCUUAGUUUUCCUAACUUCAAAUUUUGAGCAACGUUGCAACGCAUUCGUUUGAAAACAGUUUCCUUUCCACCAACAUUUUCCCCUCGGGAGAAAGGAGAGAUGUGGCCGAGAGGAUAGCAGUUUUGACUGCAAUGCAUGAGACCAGGGUUCGAGUCUUAUUGCCGGCGAAGUUUUUUUUCUCGAAAACUUCAGAUUUUCACGCUGCACAAUUUUUUUUUGAAAAAAUUUCACACUGUACAAAAAUUUUUGGACACUGUCUCUCCAGGUGUGAUUGUCGAAGACCAAAAUGAGUUUGAUAAAUUCAGUAAAUUCAUGCCUUUAUUUAUUGAAAGAUGUCCGAAAAAUGGUGAAAUUUAUGUGAAAAGAAAAGCGAAUCCUGGCGAUUUGCCAGCUGAAUUAUUUGAAAAUUGUGAGAAAUUGAGCGAGUCUGAAGUGUCUGAAUUGUAUGAACGAUUAACAAGAUUACUAACGUGGGUUUUUUUUUGGGUCUUCGCUAAUAACAUGUCUCGAUUCCUUGGGGAUCAUUUUCUAAUAAUUUUUUUCACAGAAACCCUUGUGUUUCGGGGGUAAAGCAGUCGAUAUUUUUUGAAAAAUCUUUUCUUCCUACCCUAAGCACUUUUUAGCAAAUCUCCGAAUGAAGCUGACCGACAAAAAAUCAAUGAUUUGCUCGAGAAUUUCAAUCGGUUUUUGAAAUAA